GUUGCGCCGGGUGGGGAGCCAGACCGAGCCGAGCCGAGAAUCCAACGGUGCUUAUUUCUUUCUAACAACGAGAGCUGUUUGGCUGUCAGUUGCGGAGUGAAAAUCGGAGUGGGGUUUUGCGCCACGCCAGAAAUCUCUCUUUCAUCUGUUAGCGAGAAGAGACGGAAUCGAUCUACAGAAAUCCAACGGCUGGAGAGAAAGGAAAGUGAGUUAGGCUCGAAUUCGAGAGAAAUCGGACGGUUCGCUGCGGUUGGAGUGAAUUUACGGCUAAAUAUCAAGAAAAGAGAGAGGAUUAGGGUUUCUUCCGAGAAAGAUCGUAAGAUUCAUGAAGAUUUGAGAGAAGCAGGGUAGUAUCUGGAAGGGAAUUGAAGAUUUGGUUGCGAUUCGAGCUAAACCAGACGAUCGGUGGCCAAUCAAGAGAAGGAUUGGAAGAUUUAAGAGAAGUAGGGUGGAAUUUCAAAGAAAAUAGAGGACUUGAGAGAAUUUCAGUGGAAAUUGAAGCAAGGAGGGUUUUGAGCAGAAUCUUGAAGAAAUCUGGGCGGAUUGUGGGAGAUCUGACGGAGUGAAGCAGGUAUUUCAGUGAGUUUUGGGGAUUUUUCCGAUAUCCAAGUGAGUUGCAUUGGAAAUCAAAGCUUCGUGUUGAAGGAAAAUGGGAGGAUUUUCGGGAUAUCUAGGUCUAUUAGACUAGAAAUAAAACGAUUUGAGUGAAACAGGAGCAGUUCGGUGCUCAUCGAGGAAGAAAGAUAAGCAGAGAUAGUUCAACAGGAAGAAAGCAGUGAGAAUUAGUUGGAAGUCUGAGCAAAGGGGAAGGCCAGAAAUGCGAAAAAUGAGUUAAACGGUAUAAAAGGAAAAAGAGAAGGGAACUGCAGAGGAUUCAAAACGAGUAUCUGAAAAAAAAAAAUCCAAGAAAAAGGAGAUCAAUCAAAGACCGACGAAAAUAAGUGUUUUAUUGUGGUUUUCAGAAAUGGCAACGUUGGUCGAUCCUCCAAAUGGGACUGGAACCCUCGGAAAGCAUUACUACUCAAUGUGGCAAACCUUGUUUGAGAUUGAUACAAAAUAUGUGCCGAUCAAGCCCAUUGGCAGAGGAGCCUAUGGCAUUGUGUGCUCUUCUGUGAACAAGGAAACAAAUGAAAAAGUUGCAAUUAAGAAAAUCAAUAAUGCCUUUGAGAAUCGGGUCGAUGCACUCAGAACUUUACGGGAGUUGAAGCUGCUUCGACAUCUUCGGCAUGAUAAUGUAAUUGCUUUGAAGGAUAUCAUGAUGCCAGUCCACAGGAGAAGUUUCAAUGAUGUGUAUCUGGUUUAUGAACUCAUGGAUACAGAUUUGCAUCAGAUAAUCAAGUCCUCUCAGGCACUUUCCAAUGAUCACUGCCAAUAUUUCCUCUUCCAGCUGCUACGAGGGCUAAAGUAUCUGCACUCUGCGAACAUUCUCCACCGUGAUCUCAAGCCUGGCAACCUUCUUGUCAAUGCCAACUGCGAGCUCAAGAUCUGUGACUUUGGCCUGGCCCGGACCAGCAAUGUCAAGGGCCAGUUCAUGACUGAGUAUGUUGUGACCCGCUGGUACCGUGCCCCAGAGCUCCUCCUCUGCUGCGACAACUACGGCACCUCCAUCGAUGUGUGGUCCGUUGGGUGCAUCUUUGCCGAACUCCUCGGGCGGAAGCCCAUCUUCCCUGGCACGGAGUGCCUCAACCAGCUCAAGCUGAUCAUCAACGUCUUAGGCUCAAUGGCGGAGGCAGACCUUCUGUUCAUCGACAACCCGAAGGCUCGAAAGUACAUCAAGUCCCUUCCAUACUCCCCAGGGACUCCCUUUGGCCGUCUCUACCCCAAUGCUAACCCGCUCGCCAUUGACCUGCUCCAGAAGAUGCUUGUAUUUGAUCCGUCGAAGAGGAUCAGCGUCACUGAAGCACUACGGCACCCAUACAUGUCACCUCUCUACGAUCCGAACUCCGACCCACCCGCCCAGGUCCCGAUCGAUCUGGACAUAGAUGAGGAUUUGGGAGAGGAGAUGAUCAGGGAGUUGAUGUGGAGGGAGAUGCUCCAUUAUCAUCCGGAAACUGCCACAAUGAGCUCGUGAACUCAUUCUUGAGCUUCAGAUUCGAGUCCCACGUAGAAAUUUAAGGCUGCGUUUGGAUGCACAAGUGAAUUGAAUCAUGAAGAUCAGGUAUAACCAAUUAAAUGCCUCCCUGGUAUUCAUAAUGAGGAAGUGACCCUUGAAUUGCUGUUUAACAAAAUCGCAAUUUAGAGGCCACACCCUCAAUAUGAAUGCUAAGAAAGAAAACUACAGCUCGGUUAUUCCACCUGAAAUUAAUAAGAUUCAAUAGGAUGAUGCAUCCAAACGCGCCCUAAUAGGGAGGUUGUUGUGAUUAUUCCUAUAAGAAGCAUGCAUUAGUGCAUGGGAAGUGUUCUGUUUU